GUCCCAGUUCAAACUCAUCUGACAAUUUGCAUCCCUUCCUCAGCCUGCCAUGGAGUUCUUGGGAUGGCCAACAAUCCUCUUGCUGGCCUGCAUCUCAUGCCUUCUCAUUGCUGCAUGGAGAAGAACAUCACAAAGAGGGAAGGAGCCUCCUGGUCCCACACCAAUCCCCAUAAUUGGAAAUGUUUUUCAGCUGAACCCAUGGAACUUGAUGGAAAGCUUCAAGGAGCUCAGCAAAAAGUACGGCCCCAUCUUCACAAUACAUCUAGGCCCCAAAAAGGUUGUGGUGCUCUAUGGCUACGAUGUCGUGAAAGAAGCCCUAAUUGAUAAUGGAGACGCCUUCAGUGGGAGAGGAAUACUGCCUAUGAUUGAAAAACUCUUCAAGGGCCUAGGCAUUGUGACCAGCAAUGGGGAGACCUGGAGACAACUGCGAAGAUUCGCCCUCACCACCCUGCGUGAUUUUGGAAUGGGCAAGAAGGGCAUUGAGGAGCGAAUCCAGGAGGAAGCUCGUUUUCUGGUGGAGAGGAUCAGGAACACACAUGAGAAACCUUUCAACCCUGGUAAAUUCUUAACCCAUGCUGUUUCCAACAUCAUCUGCUCCAUUGUAUUUGGGGAUAGGUUUGACUAUGAGGACAAGAAGUUUCUCAAUUUAAUUGAGAUGCUGGACGAAAACAACAAGUACCAGAACAAAAUACAAAUGCAGCUCUACAACUUCUUCCCAACCAUCUUAGAUUCUUUACCUGGACCUCAUCAAAAAGUAAUAAAAAACUUUGAUAACAUUGAUGACUUCAUUAGUGAAAUCGUAAGAGCACACCAGGAAUCUUUUGAUCCCAGCUGCCCUCGAGAUUUUAUUGAUGCUUUCAUCAACAAAAUGCAACAGGAGAAAGGCAACUCUAUUUUCACUGUUGAGUCCUUGACCAGAACCACACUUGACUUGUUCCUUGCGGGAACUGGGACAACCAGCACCACACUGAGAUACGGACUCCUGAUUCUCCAGAAAUACCCAGAGAUUGAAGAGAAAAUUCACAAGGAGAUUGACCGUGUGGUGGGCCGAGACCGAAGCCCCUGCAUGGCAGACAGGAGCCAGAUGCCAUACACAGAUGCUGUGAUCCAUGAAAUCCAGAGAUUCAUUGAUUUCAUUCCCCUUAACGUUCCACAUGCUGUGACCAAGGACACCAAGCUCAGAGACUAUUUCAUACCCAAGGACACCAUGAUCUUCCCUUUGCUGUCUCCCAUCCUGCACGACUCCAAGGAAUUUCCUAGUCCAGAAAAAUUUGACCCAGAACAUUUCCUGAAUGCAAAUGGUACCUUCAGAAAGAGUGACUACUUCUUGCCAUUUUCCACAGGAAAACGCAUCUGUGCAGGAGAAGGUCUGGCCCGGAUGGAGAUAUUCUUAUUUUUAACAUCCAUCCUGCAGAACUUUACUCUGAAGCCCGUUGCAGAUCGCAAGGAUGUUGACACUUCUCCCAUAAUCACCACAUUGACAAAUAUACCCCGACCUUAUGAGAUCUCAUUUAUUCCACGUUAGACAAGUGAAGACAGUUGCCAUCUCCAACAUCAGAACUCUUCUUGAACGACAGUCAUUGCCCACCCUGAUGUGACUGAGAUACUCAGAUAACUUCCUAAAUUCUUUACAGACAGAAGAUUUAUGCUUUUCUAUGUGAUCCUGGAAGGACAUGCUCCAGCAGAAAACAAUCCUCCACAAAGCUUAGACUCCCACACGCUGUCCAAAAUAGGUACAUACCUUGACUGUUGUUGUACGUGCCCGUUCUGCAUUCCUGGGAAACUGCAGCUUGGCCAAUUACCGAGGUGACACCAAUGUGGUGAACAGCAAAUGGCAUUUAUUACACGUAUACACUAACAUAUAUAGCCUAAGUACUUCGUCUACGCCCCUAAAGGUACGUGUAACCCAUCAAUCAUGGAGCAGGAAGAGGGCCUAACGCGUCACAACCCGCAGGGAGGUCUCACAGUCUCGUAGUUGCUGAUAACAUCUCCCCCCCCUCCAUGCUCAAGAAAGUCUACUACAACUCGAGAAGACCCUCACCACAUACACCCCGAAAUCCCCGCAUUGCGCCUAUACAUGCUAUUGUCCUCUCGGUUAAGCCUUGCCCUGUUACAUUCCAAUUCGCAAAAUAAUCCUACCCUAAUAACCCUACAAUACUAGUAAAGUUAUAGACAGAGAGAUUAGAGAUUAGAAUGAUUGCUGAUAGCUCUAGUGGCACUAUCUAUGCCCAAUAUAUACCAACGUUGUCUCAGGUACCUGUUGGAAAGUACCUCAAAAAUAACAAAACGUCUGUUCAAUAUCAAGGCAGAUGUCUCAAGCCUUGAGAGCAUUGCACUCACAAACCUGUUGUAUGGAAUUGCUUGUUCCCCAGGCCUCAAUCUGGCCACCUGUCCAUGAAGGGAACCCAUUCUGAUGCCUAUAAUGUAUACUGCACUGGCUUAAGCACCAUGCACAUCAGAUUUGUUACAUGCAGAAAGAGAAGGCCUAAUGCUGUCAGGACUUCUAAUGCAUUUAAAGCAAGGAGUGAUUUCAACCCCUGUUUCUUUAUACAAUCUAUCAGGUGUGUGAUGUCUUUCCGAUUGAGGGAUACCCCUCCCAGGCCUCUGUUACCGUUCCCUAUUACCACGAAGAUCUCUAGUACUUUUCCUUCCUCUAUCAGGCUAGAUCUAAACUUCCCACAAUCUGUUAGUGCAUCUCUCUUAACUCCUAAAUGCAAAUUCACCUCUCUCCUUUCACUAUCCUUUUCAGUCACAGCUGGAAGCUGCUGGCUCCGCACCCCUCCCCUCAGACCCAAAUGCCUUUGAUCAUGCACUGACUGUUGUAGAGGCUUCUGAUUGGUUGCAUGCGCACUCAAUCUUGUAAAAGGAUGUGUGGGUCGAGUCAAUGGGUCUGAACACUGUGGCAAAGAGUUGGUGCGGAGACUAUCGUUAUUUCUUUCUCCGUCGGGUGUAACCUGAGCAGAGGGCGCCGGCCGGAUGCCACCUACUCCUUCAGGUGCAGUCAGGGUGGAAAGUGCUGGCCGUACACUAUCAUCCGAGCACCUGUAAGUUACAUCGCUUCCCUUUCUCUCUGCUGUUUUUUCUUCUACCGCUUCUCUAACUUUUGACGAAUCCGUACCCGAGCCUUGCUCGCAGUCCCCACCCCCCUGAGUGUUACUGCAUUCCACCUCCUGCAAGUGUCCCAUCCCAGCUCACUUCUCCCUCUGCCCCCGCGGGUGGUGUUAGAUUACACAGAGAAGGAUACAGCAGUUGUCUGGAUACAGCAGGGGGGUUUCAACAACCUUGCAU